GCUAAUCUUUCUGCAUCCAAUUUGAAGAAGAUUUUUGAACAGAAGGACAUAUUAUCAAAAGAAUUAGACACUUUUAACCGUGUGAAAUUAGCCUUAGAACAUCUUAUUAAACAGACAGACUAUGAACAAAUAGGAGACAGCUCACUCUGCUUGUUGAAGGAUCUCAGUGACAGUGAGAGUGAGAAACAGAAACCUUGAGAAGAAGUACUUGAAAAGGAGACCUAUAUCCAAGAACUUUCAUGUCUGUUUCAGAAUGAAAAGGAAAGUGCUUUGAAAGCAAACCGGUUUUCCCAGUCAGUCAAAGUAGUACACGAUCGUCUACGUCUCCAAAUUCAGAAGCGGGAAGCAGAGAAUGAAAAGUUAAAAGAACAUGUGCAGAACUUGGAAACCCAAAUAGCCAAGUGGAACUUGCAGGUGAAGAUGAAUAAGCAAGAGGCUGUAGCCAUCAAAGAAGCAAGUAGGCAAAAAGCUGUAGCUCUGAAAAAAGCAUCGAAAGUGUACAGACAAAGACUGAGACACUUUACGGGGGACAUAGAGCACCUCACUUCCCAAAUCAGAGAUCAGGAAGCCAAGUUGUCUGAAACAGUUUCAGCUUCCAAAGACUGGAAAAGUCAUUACGAGAAAAUUGCAAUAGAAAAAACUGAACUGGAAGUUCAGAUCGAAACAAUGAAAAAGCAAAUCACUAAUCUUUUGGAAGACUUGAGGAAAAUGGAAACUCAUGGGAAAAAUUCAUGUGAAGAAAUUCUUAGAAAACUUCACUCACUGGAAGAUGAAAAUGAAGCCCUAAAUACUGAGAAUGUGAAAUUAAAGAGUACACUUGAUGCCUUGAAGGAUGAAGUUGCUUCUGUUGAAAAUGAACUUGUAGAACUGCAAGAAGUAGAAAAACGACAGAAAACCCUCGUUGAAGGAUACAAAACUCAGGUACAAAAGUUGCAAGAAGCAGCUGAAACGGUGAAAAGCAGAUGUAAAAAUUUACUACAUGAAAAUAACAUAAUAAUAAUUAAAAAAAACAAAAAGUUAGAGACGGUUGAUGGAAACCAAAGCCUUCUGACCAAGCUUUCUCUUGAGGAGGAAAAUCAUCUCAUUCAGUUAAAGUGUGAGAACCUUAAAGAGAAAUUAGAGCAGAUGGAUGCAGAGAAUAAAGAGCUUGAGAAGAAGCUGGCCAACCAAGAGGAGUGUCUCAAGCACAGUGACCUGGAGCUGAAAGAGAAGGCUGCAGAAUACACAGCACUGUCCAGGCAGCUGGAAGCUGCUUUGGAAGAAGGAAGACAAAAGGUGUCUGAAGAAGUAGAGAAAAUGUCAUCUAGAGAGAGGGCUUUACAAAUUAAAAUAUUAGAUCUGGAAACUGAGCUUAGAAAGAAAAAUGAAGAACAAAACCAACUUCUUGGCAAAAUGAACACUAAAGCCCAGCAUCAGGAUAUAUGCUUGAAAGAAAUCCAGCACAGUCUUGAGAAGUCGGAGACUCAAAAUGAGAGCAUUAAGAAUUACUUGCAGUUUCUUCAAGUUUCCUAUGUAAUGAUGUUUAGAUAAAUUGUUGAAUUCCUCUGAUGGUUAUACUUUAUGAUUUAUAGUUAGCAGUAUUAGAAUUUGUAUGUGAAGAUACUUGAAACAUAAUUUAUUAUCUAACUGAACUUUAAGAAACAAUAGCUCUUACUAUUCCUUUGUGGUAGAUAAUUUGCAUUGAACUCUGGUUUCAUGCUUUUUAAAAAAUAUAUAUUAAUUUUUAAAGUAU